CAUUAGCAGUAGCAGCAAUAUAACACAAACACGGAGCCCGAGCCCGAGAGAGAGAGAGAGCAACCAUGAACGUGUUCAGACUAGCUGGGGACAUGACGCACCUCCUCAGCAUAAUUGUUCUCCUCCUCAAGAUCCGAACCAAGAAAUCUUGUGCAGGAAUUUCACUGAAGACUCAAGAGCUAUAUGUUAUAGUUUUUCUCACUCGGUACCUUGAUUUGUUUACAAGGUACAUUUCAAUCUACAAUACUGUAAUGAAGCUAGUUUUUAUUGGAACUUCAAUCAGAAUUGUCUGGUACAUGAGGUACCAUAAAGUAGUGAAGCAAACUUACAACAAGGAUCAAGAUAGUUUCAAACAUUACUUGUUGCUUCCUCCAUGUUUUGUGCUGGCUCUUCUGGUUCACCAUGCCUUUGACAUUGUUGAGGUUCUCUGGGCAUUUUCCAUCUAUCUUGAAGCAGUAGCCAUUUUACCACAACUACUUCUAUUGCAGCGGUCUAGAAAUAUCGACAACUUAACUGGGAACUAUGUAUUUCUUCUUGGUGCUUACCGAGCGUUGUACAUCAUCAAUUGGAUCUAUCGUUUCUUUACGGAAAAUCAAAAAUUCCGCUGGAUACCUUGGGUAUCAGGCUUGAUUCAGACUGCUCUGUAUGCCGACUUCUUCUACUACUACGUAAAGAGCUGGAAGAAACAAGAGAAGCUCCAGCUUCCUGCUUGAUGUGGAAUUUUAGCAGUUCAGAUUCGGGCCAACAAGAAACAAUGGUUACUGUUAGUUUGUUAUGUUGGAGCACCAUAAUUUGAAUAUUCUCGUACUUGAUCUAGUGGUUUCAAACCAUGCUUGCUUACUCGAUACAUAUAGAGGGCUGCAGAAUUGUUUACUGUGAGGUUCCUUGGUCGAUGGGAACACUUGCCACUUUACAUUAGAAGGAAAGAAAUGUUAAUUAUAAUUUCUCUGGUCAAGCCUAAUUCAUUUUUGAGCUGGUUGGGUCAUUGAAUGUGUUAAAUUUGCAUUGUAGUUGGUUGAAAUGUGGAAGUGGAUUAGAAUAAACCUAGGUUGGGUUUUGGAAGUUUUGAUUCAUUUUAUAAUUAAGGAUACUUGGAUUCAUGUCUCAUGUCAU